ACAAAAAUAGAAAAAGAAAACGGAAACUCGACUGUAAAUAAGUGUUUGAGUCUUUAUCAGACGACAGUGGCGUCUUCCGAGGGUACAAGCAGCGGUGGUGAGUCCGCCCUGUUUUCCAAAUUAGGCGGAUCUCUGUUCGGAAGCGGUCCAAAUUCACCGCAACGCGUGGUUUCAAAUAUCCGUGGAUUUCUAUCAAAUCGACUGAGUAAUAUCGCUCCACCAGAUACAGGAUGGAGGGACUCAAUACUCUCGAUCCCGAAGAAAUGGCUCUCUACUGCCGAAUCUACGGACGAAUUUGGAUUCCCUGACACACUUCCUAAAGUACCAGUCCCACCGCUGGAUCAGACAAUGACCGAUUACGUCCGGGCCAUAGAACCAAUUGUCACUCCUGUUCAACUUGAACGUACCAAAGCUAUUAUCAAACAAUUUACUGCACCCACCGGGCUGGGUCCCAGAUUACAUCAGUACCUUCAGGAAAAAUGUGAGGCCGAAGAUAAUUGGGCCUAUUACUAUUGGCUAAAUGACAUGUACAUGGACAUUAGAAUACCUUUACCAAUUAAUUCCAAUCCGGGCAUGGUGUUUCCACCCAGAAAAUUCACCACCGUACAUGACGUAGCUCGAUUUGCAGCACGCAUCAUUGAGGGAAUUAUGCAGCACAAGGAAAUGCUAGACACAGGCAACUUGCAACAAGAACGUGCCACAUCACGAGAAAAAGGCCAACCCCUGUGCAUGGCACAAUACUAUCGACUACUUGGUUCAUGCCGCAGGCCAGGUAUUGAACGUGACUCACAGUAUUUGCCACAACGAAGUUCAGAUCAGCAUAUUAUUGUUUUCUGUCGCAAUCAGAUGUACUGUGUGGUGCUUAAGGCCAGCGAUCGUGGCAAACUCUCCGAGAGCGAAAUAGCUUCACAAAUUCUAUUUGUUCUCAGUGACGCGCCAUGUCUGCCGGCCAAGCCACCACCAAUUGGCCUAUUGACGGCUGAACCAAGGACACGUUGGGCACAAGAUCGUGCCACAAUUUUACUAGAAGAACGCAACCAACGAAAUAUAGAGCUCAUCGAGAAGGCCCUGAUAGUUUUGGCACUGGACGAGCCACUUGCUGACACUUUUAACGCACGCGGUUUCACCGGGGCCACUCCGUCAACACAUUUUGCCGGAAGUCGCGAUGAAACCAACAUGGCUCACGAAAUGAUCCAUGGUGGCGGAAGUGAAUUUAAUUCAUCGAACAGAUGGUUUGAUAAGACUAUGCAAAUUAUUAUCUGUACCGAUGGCACGUGGGGUCUUUGUUACGAACAUUCGCCUUCAGAGGGUAUUGCUGUUGUCCAGUUGCUAGAGAAGAUCUAUAAAAAUAUUCUGGCCAUGGGUGAUGCGGAUGAUAGCGUGCCCCAACAUCAUUUGCCACCACCGGAAAGACUUGAAUGGGAGGUUGCUCCGGAAAUAACAAAUCGAAUGACUCUGGCCGCCAUUACGGUUGAUAAAGCUAUUGAUGACUUGGACUUUUAUGUGUACCGUUACAAGGGUUAUGGUAAAAGCUUUAUUAAGUCAUGUCAAGUAAGCCCGGAUGUUUACAUCCAACUUUCGCUCCAGCUAGCGUACUUUAAACUUUACGGUCACUUAGUUGCAACAUAUGAGAGUGCUUCAACAAGAAGAUUCCUACUGGGGAGAGUGGAUUGCAUUCGCUCAGCCAGUACUGAAGCUUUAGAAUGGGCUAAGGCAAUGUGCCAGGGAGAAGGCCCUAAUGUUGCACUCGAAAGUGACCGCGAAGAAGAGGAAGAUUCACGUAAAGUGACAUUUAGCAUUUACAGCAAAGAUCAUUUGCGUGAACUUUUCCGAUGCGCUGUAGCUCGGCAAACUGAAGUGAUGGUUCAAAAUAUCUUGGGACAUGGAAUUGAUAUCCCAUUGUUGGGAUUACGUGAAGCCAGUCGAGAACAAACAGGCUCCCUGCAUGAGCUCUUCAAUGACGAAAGCUACCAAAUUGCCAACUGUUUCUUAUUAUCAACCAGUCAGGUCGCAUGUAGUACUGAUUCAUUCAUGGGAUACGGACCAGUUACACCAAGAGGUUAUGGAUGUUCUUAUAAUCCUCAUGCAGAUGAAAUUGUAUUCUGCGUUUCUGCAUUCUAUUCCUGCGAGAAUACAAGUGCUUCAAGAUACGCCAAAUCCUUACAAGAUUCCUUGGAAAUUAUGCGAGACUUAUUAAAAAAUUAAAAAACAUGAAUUUUGUCCCAUAAUACAUUCAUUGAAUAUAAACUCAGAGGUCUAAAGAAAUUAUAUAAAAAUGGGUGCAUUAUAAAAUAUUAUAUAAACUUCCUAUAUCAUACACAUAUCAACUGUAAUGCCUUGACAAAAUGAAAACAUAUCACGUAACUAUAAAGUUUAGUAAAUGAACAAAAACCAAAAUAAGAACAAACAUAUUAAUUAUAUACACUCUAAAGAAAAGAAAAAUAAAACAUUAGAAAAAAAGUAUUAUAUUUACAAAAAUAAAUUAAUAAAUAAAUAAACAUAUAUGUAUAUUGUAUGUGAAAAAAUAUUAAAUGUACACCGGUAGGAAAAAUUAUUGCAAUUUAAAUUAAACAAAAAGAUAUUUAAAAUUGUUCCAAAGUAGUCAAUUAAAAAACGUGGUAGAACUGAAAAUUACAUAGGAAAUAAAUAUAAUUUAUAGUUAAUUAAAAAUGUAAACAAAAUAAAAAAAUACAUAUAUUCAGUGUUGCUUUAUUCUAUAUACGAAAUGUUGUUAUGUUAAAAUAAAUUUAUAUCUUAUUGUUAAUCAUAUAUAUAAAUACAUACAGUUAUAAGAUGUUAUGUUUAUAUAACCUUUUGCGUUAUAGCACACAAAAAUUAUAGCAAUAUUGUUGAGUUAAAUUAUUAUAAAAGUUUACUCUUCAAACGAAUUUGUACCUUGAAAAAGUUGUUUUUGAAAAGAAAAAAACACAUUUUAUUUAUUAAAGUUUUUUUUCAAAUUUGUUAUAUUUAUUAUUAUACUCAUAUUGUUGAUUAUUUAUGUAUUUUAUUGCAAAACAAAUUAAGGGCUUAAAGCAAUAUUUAUUAGAUUUUAAAUGUUGUUGUCUAAUUUAUAUUAGGAAUUUAAAAUUUUCAAACUAAUUAAUUACUAUUUUUUUAUUAAUGAAGAGUGUUCCCAAAAUCUGUAUAUUCGUCUAUUUAUGUACCAGAGUUAUUGGCAACCCCUUAAAAUGACAGCUGCCAGUGACUAGGAAAAACAAAGUAUUGCAGGAGAUAUCAAAACUAAUUCAUUUAUGAGCAAUAUUUAAAAAAGUAGAAGGUUUCUAGACUUGCUCUAGUCAAUAAAAUUGAUGUUCUAUUCAGCAAAUUGCUGCAAGUUUAAAUCUUGCGUACAUUUUGGGGCACUCUUCAAAUUUCAAUCUGUAAGAUUAUAUGUUUCUAAGAACUAUUAUGAUAAAAUUUGAAUACCUAUACCUAUGUUCAGUAUUUUGUUUUUUGCCCUUUAAAAAACAUUCUUUAUAAAGGUUGAGAUAUUAUUUGAUAAUCGUAGUUUUAAAAAUACAAACUGUAUACACGGUGACCACAUAAGAACCAAAUUAAAAGAAAUCUAAAUAAAACACAAAAUUGAUUUUAGUUCAAUUUUUUUAAGCUAUGUGUAAUAUGUUUUAAACAUACAACACAUUACUAAGCUUCAUUGGCAAAUUAUCAAACUACUAUUCAGAGUAGUACAAACAGUUAUUCUAAUAUCUUUUAUUUUUAGUUUAUUACAUCUUUCGAACAUGAAAACUAGUAACUUGUUUCGCAAAGAAUUUGCAUUUAGCUAUUCAAAAUGUCACAAAAACGAAUUUAAUAUUAUUCCAACUCAAUUUUUCAGGAAGUGUUUAAAAUAUCCCGAAACAAAAAUCAUUCACAACGUACAUAAACGGAGGUUCUUCAGCUCCAAGUUUUGUUCAAGGUGACAAUUACGGCUAUCAUUUCAAAAAAACAUAAUUUAAAUCAAUCGUUGAAAAUGUCUUUUUUGUAAUCAAAUUUCCUUAUUCGAGUUAAGCACUGAUUAGAUUCAAGCAUUUGAGGUUAAAAUUGGUCAUUAAAAAAAAACUGAUAGAUGGAAAUGCAAGGAAAAUAGAAUGCUUUAAGUGGAACGAUUUUGUUUCAAAUUACAAUCAUCUGUUCAUUGAACACGAUUUUAUCAUUGGAAAAUCAAAAUUCAGAGUUAAAUAAUGUAUUUUUUUGUAGAAAAAAUCUACAAGUCAUCAGCUUCAUUUCAACAUCAAACAUACAUUUUACUGAAUAGGUUCUUGAUGUGAUUACCCACUUAGUGGAAAUUAUAAAUUGAAUUAAAGUCUCAAAUUCUACGCGACUAGUCGAUGAACUCAUCAGUUGCUUUGAAUUUCGACCCACCAACUCGGAUGCAUAACAAGUUGGUAUUAUCAUCAUGGAAAAUCUUACUUCAAAAUUUAAAAACAAUUAAGAGUAUCAGAUUUGUAAUGCCCGGAGUCAAAAUGAAGCUGUAGAUUUGCUCCAUCAAAAAAUUAUAGAUUAUUUUAACCUGAAACCUUUCUUUCAGCUCAUUUUAAAUCAUUCAAUGAUGAAAUCGUUUUCCAUGAACUUCUGAUUUGACAUUUCGAAACAAACGAUUCGGAACACCUGAUUCUAAUCCGGUGAUGCAUGAUACCGAUCAGAAAAUUUGUGUCCAAUGACAAAAAUUUAAAAUAAAACCUAUAGCCAACCUGUCAAAAAUUUUUAAUGAUGAAAAUCAAUAAUAUCUAUGACUAUUCCCUAAGUUAACUUGUUCCCUACCUUAAAAUUUUGACAGAAAUGGAUAACAAAUCAGCAAUAAUACAAAAAGACCGUUUUUUAGUUCGUCAAACAACAAUUUCUUUUUAUUUUCAGAUCAUAUUUUCUAACAUUUGAUUACAAAUUUAAUGCAAUAACAGCAAAACAUUUCUAUUGAGUUUCCUCUAAUUCCCAAAUAUUCCAGUUAUAGAAAUCUUACUUGGAAUAUUUGAUUUCACGAGAAGUUCAAAAUGCAGGAUAAAGUUAAGUUUAAACGUAAAGUGCAAAAACAAAAUGGAGGAACAUUAUUUGAAAACGUCAUAAACUAUAGAAGCACGUACACACCCGAGGGUAACUCCUAAUAAAGUGCAAGAACAAAAUGAAGGCUAUUUAAAGUUUUAGUUAGAUGAAUCUUUAUUUAAAUUUUAAUGCUUAACUAAAAUACAUUGGUGCCCCAGUAUAAUAAAUACCGAUACACCUAAUUGUCAUGUUACGAACCUGUAAAUGUCAAAUACGAAUCUUUAAAAGUUAUAAUUUUAAACCAGCUCUUAACAAAUAUUUGUAAAUAAUGAAAAAACAUUGCAAGUAAACCGUAAUCUGGAGAUUUUGAAACUUGUAAGGUAUAGAUGGUCAAGACUUUUUGACUGUACUUAGUUGUUAAAAAGAAGCACUUUUACUAUUUCUUGGUACUUGUACUUUAAAGUUGAAUGUAUCUUGUACUUAUGGUUUUCUAUUCCAUUUUAAUGUUUCAACGUCAUAAUGUUGUUGAAUUUCUAAACUUUCCACACUCCUGUUCUCUCAUACUUGAAUUAAAUUAGAAAGGAAUUAAAAGGCAUUAGCAAGCCCCAAUCAUUUGUAAAAAAGGUCAUAGUCGGUUCAGACGACUCUUGUUUUCAACGAAUGUUAAAUUCUAUGCUGCCAAUAAGUGGUAAUAGUCCUACUGUACUAGAAAGCGUGAAAGAUCCUAUGGGACAAAUCGUCUUUCACACUCGCACAGUUAUUAGAGUGCUCAAAGACCUCGACAUACACAAAACCAAUGGCGCGAAUAGUAUCCCCGUUAUUGUUCUAAAGAUAUGUUCUCCAAUGUUGACAAAACCACUGCAUUUAAGCGUUUCCAUCUGUCCUAUUCUACAGGUCUCUGGAAAGCAGCAGUUGUCUAGCCUGGCCCUAAAAAAAGCGCAUCCUCCUCUCCUUUUAAUUAUCGUCCAAUUGCACUUACGUCCAUUCUCUCCAACGUUAUGUCUGAUAUCCGCGUUUAAAUCUGAUAUCCACAAAAUAAACGCUGGUGUGCCCCAGUGGUCCGUUUUGUCCCCAGCACUCUUCCGUAUUCUUAUAAAUGAUCUUUUGUCUGAGACUUCUAAGCCACUUAUUUGUUUCUUUGAUGACAGUACCCUCAGCUUUUCAUAUUCGUUUUAUGAUGCCAGCGCUGAUAUGAUCUCAAGUUUGAUUCUGCUGAGAAAGGGUUAAAAGCAUCAGACCUAAGAGCUGUGAGCUGUAAAGAGGUUAUUACGGCCAAAGAAGUAAGUUUCCGUUGCUAUAAAGCCAAACCUUAAACGGAGAGUUUAAAAAAGUCAGGAAGGCCUGCAACGCCCAUAUUCGGCAUACCAAAUUUUUAGAUAACCAAAAAUUAUGGCAAUGUCCCAAAGGCAGUAAAAUUUGUUGGAGAUUUGUAAAAAACAUGAGAAAUUCUUGCUUUUCUUCGAUUCCAUGCUCGUUGUCACUGACACUCCUUUUGCUAGCUCUUUACAUAAGUCUAACCUCUUUGCUAGGCAAUUCACCGCCAAUAAAUUCUAUGCUGCCGCAAGUGAGUGUUAUGACUCCGCCUGUACUUGAGCGAGUUAGUGAUUCUAUGGGACCAAUCUUUUUGGUCGUACUGUAGCAAGGGUCCUUAGUAUCACCGCUAUUGUUCUAAAGAGGUGUUCUUCAACGUUGAAAAAACCACUGCGUAAGCUUUUUCAUCUGUCCUACUCCUCAGGUCUCGUUCCGAGCAGAUGGAAAACUGCAUUUUUCCAGCCCAUCCAAAAAAAGGCGAUUCCUCUACACCCUCUAAUUACCGAAUACCGACCGAUUACACUUGUGUCCCUUCUUUCCAAGGUCAUGGAAACGCUGAUUAAUUAUCAGCUCAAGAAAUAUCUUGAACAUCGAAAGCUCCUUAAAUACCGUCAGUACGGCUUUCGCAGCAAUAGCUCCACGGGUGACCUCAUGGUUCAUCUCACCGAACAGAUUAGAUACCUUCGGAUCAUUUAACACAUGUAGUAUUGGAUGAUUUCAAGUCUGAAAACCACAAAACAAAUGCUGAUGUGCCCCAGGGCUCUGUUCUAUCUCCAACUCUCUUUCUAAUUUUUACUAAUGAACUCUUCUCUGUAACUUCUAAUCCAAUACAUUGUUUCGCUGACGAUAUUACUCUUAGCUUUUUAUAUUCGUUUUCAGGCUCACGUCCCUCUUCUUUGGAUGUGAAACUGCAACGACAAAAAAUGAUAACCUCAUUGAAUUCCGACCUAAACAGAAUUCUACAAAAAAGAGGAAUAAAAAACCUACUGGAAUUUAACGCUUCGAAAAGUCAAUGAUGUCUUCUAACGUUAAAGGGAGAUAUACCCAGUCCACCUUGCCCUUAUCAAUGGAUGGCACUUCCAUCAAUGAGACUGAAGACUGAACAUCACGAUAUUCUUGGUAUGUGUGCCACCAACCAUACCUUAUGGAAUGAUCACACACGCAAUGUCGCCAAAAAUUCCCCCAAAGUGUUUGGGUUUCCUUAGAGGAUGCAAGAAUUUGUUCACCCCUUCUGAUCUAGCUGUUAUCUACAAGACUUAUAUACGCCCAAAGCUUUAGUAUAACUCCCAUCUCUGGGCUGGCACUCCUGCAACUAACUUAAGCCUCUUAGAUAGUAUUGAAUGUAGAGCAUUUAAGUUGAUUGGUGAUAAUAUCAUCAUAAGUUGCUUUACUUCGCUUGAACAUCUUCCUAAAGUUUCUUGUCUAACUCUAGCUGGCUGCAUUUCUCCCCUUGAACAGUUCAAACGUAAUACUCGUGUUGCUAGGAAUGCCCAUCAGUAUACCCUCGAGCUCAACUUCGAUCGUACUGUCAAGUACAGGGAUUCGUUCCUUAGCCGUACUACACGAAUGUGAAAUGCCUUAGAAAUUCAAAACCAAUGUGCACCGACAUCUCCUUUCAAACCCUUUCUUCCUAGUGCUCACACUGUGCCUCUGCAUAAUAAGGGUAGUAAUAUCCUCUUGAGUGUGUGGUUAAUUUAUAAAAAAUAAAA